AUGCCUACCACCAAGACCAUCCACGUCGCCCACUUGGGAGGAAUCGAUGUCGCCUACCAGAUGGGCGGGGAGUACGAUCGCAACAAGCCAACGGUAGUAUUGGUGAACGCUUUCACCACAUCAUCUGAGCUAUUUCGAGAUCAGUUUGAAAGCACCCAACUGACUGGUCAAUUCAACCUGAUAGCUAUCGAGCUACUAGGUCAUGGCCAGACGCGCACUACUCGUGAACACUGGACUUACUGGGAUACGGCGGAAAUGAAUCUGCAAGUACUAGAUGCAUUGAAGAUUGAUCGGGCAUUUGUCCUUGGAACAAGCCAGGGCGGUUGGAUCACCGUGCAGAUGGCGCUGCUGCGGCCUGAUAAAAUUUUGGGAAUUAUCCCUAUUGGUACAUCCAUGGACAGCGAGUCAGAACGCAGCCGUCAGCUUAAAUGCUGGGAUGGCCAAAAAAUCAUUGCUGGUUUCGUGAACCAGUGGACAAGCGGCAACGCAACUCCUCAUUUUGAGCCCGACAAUGAAUAUUGUGAUGCACUUAUCGAUAUUGGCUUCAACGAGUGUUCGUCCGCGCAACGCGAAUUUUGGCGAACGACAAUGAAAGCCAAUUACCGCGGCGAUGAUGGCCGUCGGCGAAUUCGCAUGGCGGCGAUAAACCUCGCUGAGCGGGGGCCAUUGCAUCUUCGACUCUCCGAUGUUAGAUGCCCAGUGUUGUGGCUGCAUGGCACCCAGGAUGCUGUAUUUUCCGUGGCCAACGCUAUGGAAGAAAUCAAACUCUUUACUCAAUCACCCGAUGCGUGUCUAGUGCCAAUAGACGGAGGUGCUCAUUUCCUAAAUUGCACUCAUCACAAAGAGGUGAAUAAAGCACUUGUGGAAUUCAUCGACAAGUACAAAUGA